AUGACGAGCUACCGAGUCAGUCCGGAGCUGAUCCUCGACAUCGCCGACUACUGCGAUCGAGCGACGCUGAGUACUCUGAUGCAAACAAGCAAAGCUGUCAAUGCCCUAAUCUCCCAAAACGAGCGCAGCAUCGCCAUCGCCAAACUCAAGACGUUCCUACUACCGCCCCUGGGUGAGAUUCUGUCAUCCGAAGACGAGAGGCGAUGCCGAGUCACAGGGAAGCACUCCUUCGCUACCAUUCAGGAGCUGGAUUUACGCGAGCGACGGAUGGGGUCUAUUCUCGACAACAGCGGAUUUCUCCUCACCGACAAUGCGAAGACAUUAGGCAUGACUGAUGAUUCACUCAGGAAGUUCAAGGCUGGGCUCAAACGCGCUCUCUACAUCACUGACCGCCUGGCUGACCUUGAGACCCGGCCAGAAGUCCAGCGUGUGCAGCAUAGGAUUACCAGGCGGCUAUCCUUAUUGCAGGUCGGCGGUGAUGGUGUUACGGGCGAUGUCGAUGAGGAUGCAACCGAUAAGAUCGAUGCAUUCGACCAGGGCGUCAUGCUGCAGCACGAUGCAGAGGCUGAGGCACAGCACUCGGCCAUCAUGGUCCACCGGAGCCUUCAGUUCGACACGAUCCAUGAGCUGGCCACGCUCGAUCUCGCCUGGCUCCUCACCCUGGGCGAGGGAGCGAUUAAAGGCUGUACACGGUAUUUUGAGAAGAUGUUCGAGUCGGACCCUACAGGAACCCAAUACAAAGUUGUGGCCUUUAAAGAAGAGCUGCUACGCAAGGGGUCCUUCAUCCUGUGGGCAUUCGUCCGUGGCGUCGGCUCAAUGGACGCGUUCGCCAGAAAUUCCAUCAAACAGACCGGAGAGGAGAUCAUGGGCUUCGAAAUCGGACAGCAUCACAACUGUGGGCUGUCAUUGAUUCUUCACCAGGAAAUGAGGCAAAGGGUUUACGAUCAACUGCAGCGGAACGACCCGCUUUCUGUCGAUGAGGACCAGGAAGCUCUCAGCCCGGCAAAGGUCAUGGCGGAGGCGCAUCACAUGAUCGGCACCGAGAUUGGCUGUAAAAGCUGGCACGGGUACAGUAAUAUCGUAUAUCCUCCACCGGAGGAAUGA